AUGAUCGUCCCUAUCGCUAUGAUCCUAUCAUAUGUCGCAGCCUAUGGCGCCCAUUGGACCUACGAUGACCAGAAUUCGUGGCCUGGUAUGUGUACAAUUGGCGAAUCUCAAUCGCCGAUAUCCAUUGAGACCGGUGCUAUCGAUCAAUCGGUCAGAAUGGAUGACCUACAAAUCAUUUACGAUAUCGUCGAUAAUGCUCCUUUGAGUAUUUCUGAUCAUGGUAUCGAUGUGGUGGUCAAUGAUGACGAGAUAAGGUACACAAUUGGUAACGUCCGCGACUAUGAUAGUGACAUCUUCAUUUUGAGCCAAUUCCACGCUCAUUGGGGGUUGACUGAUGAGUUCGGCAGCGAGCAUCUAUUCGAAGGCGUGUCCUACUCGAUGGAGGUUCACUUCGUCCAUUACAACCUGAAGUAUGGCAGUGUCGGCGACGCUAAAGGGAAGACCGGUGGCUUGGCUGUGAUUGGGGUCCUCUUCGAAAUCGGCAAAGCUAACAAAGAGAUUGAGAAGAUCCUCGAUGCCAUCAACAGCGGCAACGAUAAUGUUCCUUCCAUUAAUUUGAAUGCUUUAAUUCCCGAAGAUGCUCGGACUAAGCUUUUCAGUUAUGAUGGUUCUCUCACUACACCGACCUGUGACGAGAAUCUCCUCUGGUAUGUGGCGAAGACGACAAUGACUGUAAGCAAAAAUCAGAUGGAGGCGCUCAGGUCUAUUGUCGGUCCCAAUGGAGAUAUCAUCGCGCCUAACUACAGAGAUGUACAGCCAUUGAACGGUCGAAGUAUUUAUGUAACCGACGCCUUGAAGCAUGAUGUGGCGGCAUAUUGUCAGCGUAUAUGUGAUAAUUUGAUGUCUUGUGCUCAUUCAAAGCAUGGCUCAUAUUGUAAGAGCAACGGAGUAUGCUUCGGUCUUUAUCACAAGGAUGAUAGCUAUUGCUUCCAACCCACUGAUCUCACCGACUGUAACGAUUCUGUACUCGAACCCGUGAUGUGCUCUUCUAUGGAUGCUUUUAUUAUGGUUUAA